GUAUCAUACGUGCUACAUUCAGGCAAAUUCAUCCUCAUGAUAAAGGCACAUUUGUGCAUCUGCUGCAAAUUUUGGAUCAAAGUGUCACAAUUCAUGUUUCUUUCUUAUGUGUGUAUAUCAAAUUCUCGCCCCACCCCCCCGCCCCCGCCGCAGCCCACUUUACUUUUCAAUGAUUGUCUGUUGAUUCUAGUUUUGCCAUUAAAAAUUUUAGUUGAAGCUAUCAUGGAAAUCAAGAAAUGGUACAAGGUGAGAAGAAACUGGCAAGGCGAUCCAUGUGUCCCAAGUAAUUACUCAUGGGAUGGUUUAAACUGCAAUAACGACAAUCCUCCAAGGAUCAUCUCAUUGAACUUGAGCUCAAGCAAUCUGACAGGGGAUAUCGCUACUUCAUUCUCCAAGCUCGAACUACUGCAGUCCUUGGAUUUGUCAUUUAACAACUUAACUGGGCCGCUGCCACAAGUUUUGGAACUGCUACCCAAUUUAAACACUCUGGAUUUAAGAGGGAACUAGUUCACAGGUUCAAUUCCUGAGGCUCUUCUGGAACAGUUUAGGAAUGGAAAAUUAGACCUAAGGGUUGAUGCACAUCCAGAUCUUUGUCUGUACACUCCAUGCAAGGGAAAGAA